UGCCAGGGCGGAGUUGAGACUAUGGGAGGGCUCCAGAGGGGCAGGCCGGAGCCUUGGCCGAUGGAGGGGCCUUAUCCUUAGAGUCAGAUCGAGCGCUCAACCCGGGGCCCGGGGGCCGCAGACAUGGAGCUAGAGGACGGCAUGGUGUACCAGGAGGAUCCGGGCAGCUCCGCUGUUAUGUCUGAGCGGGUGUCCGGCCUGGCCGGUUCCAUUUACCGGGAGUUCGAGCGGCUGAUCGGCCGAUAUGAUGAGGAUGUGGUGAAGGAGCUGAUGCCGCUGGUGGUGGCGGUGCUGGAGAACCUGGACUCGGUAUUCGGCCAGAACCAGGAGCAUGAGGUGGAGCUGGAGCUGCUCCGGGAGGAUAACGAGCAACUCAUCACCCAGUACGAGCGGGAGAAGGCGCUCCGCAAGCACGCAGAGGAGAAAUUUAUAGAAUUUGAAGACUCCCAAGAGCAGGACAAGAAGGAUCUUCAGACCAGAGUGGAAAAUCUAGAGUCACUUACCCGGCAGCUUGAGCUCAAAGCGAAAAACUAUGCAGAUCAAAUCAGUCGGUUGGAGGAGCGAGAGGCGGAGCUAAAGAAGGAGUACAACGCUCUCCAUCAGAGACACUCAGAGAUGAUCCAUAAUUACAUGGAACACUUGGAACGAACCAAACAACAUCAGCAGCUACUCGGUGGCGACCAACUAGAAUCUUCCUUACACAGCAAAAUUCGGAAAGAGCGCCCGAUCUCGCUCGGAAUCUUCCCGCUGAACUCUGGCGACUCUUUGCUUGUACCUGACAGCCAGGGUGCUGAGACGCCAGGGAAUGGGCCAUGGAAACACCCAGAUCCAAACCACCCUCGCUGCAAUACCAGUUUGAAGGAUGAAUUCUUGAAUAUCAGCCAGCCAGGUCCCAAAAGCAGUGGCGCCGACACUGGCAAUAUGGUGCACUCUUCCUCAAAGCCGCACAAAGAUGACAUCACCAUGAAGUCCAAGUCGCAUAAAGAUGAUGUGUUGAAAGCAAACUUGGCAAACAACAAUGUCCAGAACAGCAACAAGGGUGAUGGUGCUCAGGAAGCCACAGUGCCCACCACCGGUACCAAUGAUAACAAGGAAAAAUCGGAGGUUCAGUCAAUCAUUGAGUCGACCCCGGAGUUGGAUAUGGACAGAGACCCCAAAGGAUAUCAAUUCACGAGCACCCCAACGAAAGGCAUUGAAAAUAAAGCAUUCGACCGCAACACGGAAUCGUUAUUCGAGGAGCUGUCGUCUGCCGGAACUGACCUCAUUGGCGAUGUUGAUGAAGGAGCGGACUUGCUGGGCAUGGGCCGUGAAGUGGAAAACCUUAUCUUAGAAAACACUCAACUUCUAGAGACUAAAAAUGCACUGAAUGUGGUCAAAAAUGACUUAAUAGUCAGAGUGGAUGAGUUGGUGUGUGAGAGGGACGUUCUGCAAGGGGAACUGGCAGCCGUUAAACAGGCCAAACAGAAGCUGGAGGAGAAGAACAAGGAGUUGGAAGAGGAGCUGAGGAAAGCCAGAGCGGAAGUGGAAGAAGCUCGGCAGAAGGGAAAAGAUGAAGAAGAUAGUGACGUCCCUACGGCACAGAGGAAGAGGUUUACCCGCGUUGAGAUGGCCCGGGUGCUGAUGGAGAGGAACCAGUACAAAGAGAGGUUGAUGGAGCUGCAGGAGGCAGUUAGAUGGACCGAAAUGAUCAGAGCAUCUCGUGAGAAUCCCGCCAUUCAGGAGAAGAAGCGAUCGAGCCUUUGGCAGUUUUUCAGCCGACUGUUCAGCUCUUCGGCCACCGCCUCGAAAAAGCCAGACACUCCGGUGAACCUCAAGUACAAUGCGCCGACCUCACAUAUCACACCAUCCGUCAAGAAGAAGAGCAGCGCUCUCGCUAAGCUUCCCUCCGACAAGUCCAAAGCCUUUGACUUCCUCAGUGAUGACCACUCUAGUGGGAGUGAAGUGGCUCUGGCAUCGCGGCGAGAACAGAAGCGUGAGCAGUACAGGCAAGUGAAGGCACACGUACAGAAGGAAGAUGGGCGGGUGCAGGCGUUCGGCUGGAGUCUUCCACAAAAAUAUAAGCCGGUGGCAAGUGAAGGACAGAACGAGAGCAAAAUGAGGAAUCUUCCCGUCCCUGUUUACCUGAGGCCUUUGGACGAGAAAGAUACUUCCAUGAAGCUGUGGUGUGCAGUGGGAGUCAACCUGUCUGGCGGAAAGACAAGAGAUGGAGGCUCAAUUAUUGGUGCCAGCGUUUUCUAUAGCGACGCCCCCGGAGCGGAACUAGACAACCAAAAACCCCGCAGUGACUCUCAGAGCAGCUUGGAUAAACUUGAGCAGGAGCUUAAGGUGCAACAGAAGGAACUACGGCACCAGGACGAGUUAUCGAGCCUUGUAUGGAUUUGCACCAGCACUCAUUCCUCCACUAAGGUCAUCAUUGUGGAUGCCAAUGACCCAGGGAACAUGCUGGACAGUUUCAUUGUCUGUAACUCUCACGUCCUCUGUAUUGCAAGCAUUCCAGGGGCUAUGGAAACCGAUUACCCCACAGGAGAAUCAUCAAAGCCGGAAUCGGAAACAGGCCAAACUGAUAAAACGUCGCUGUCUGAAAGUCUUUUGAGCAGCGGGUCCUCGGGGGCGGAGAACGUUGCAGUAGGAGUCAAAGUGGGAGGGGCAUCUUUGGAGGACAUAGAACCCUGUGCUGUACAAACGCCAAGCGUCCUGCCAGCUGAGGAGGAAGUCAGUCAAGAUCCCGAUUCCACAGACCGGGAACUGGAUGACAACGUGGCCACGGCAGAAGAAGCCACAGAGGACACGGAAGUGGGAACUGGCUCCAACGAUGAUCUGGCUGACAUUUCCCAGACAGGGGUUUAUACGGAGCAUGUAUUCACCGAUCCCCUGGGGGCACAGACCACAACAGAGGACACAGGCUACCAGCCUAGCAAUGACUCUGACCUGUAUAAAGAUGGCAUUGCCACAUUACCAACUGAACAAGACCUGAUGAGAGAGGAAGCCCAAAAAAUGAACAGCUUGCUGCCUACAAUGUGGCUCGGAGCCCAAAAUGGAUACUUAUACGUCCAUUCUUCUGUUGCUCAGUGGAAGAAAUGUCUUCUCAACAUCAAGUUAAAAGAUUCCAUCCUCAGCAUUGUGCAUGUUAAAGGAAUAGUAUUAGUUGCUUUAGCUGAUGGGACACUGGCGAUCUUUCAUCGAGGAGUUGAUGGCCAAUGGGACCUCUCGAACUAUCACCUCCUUGAUUUUGGCCGGCCUCACCAUUCCAUUCGCUGCAUGAGUGUGGUGCACGAGAAGGUGUGGUGCGGGUACAGGAACAAGAUCUACAUCGUGCAGCCGAAAACCAUGAAAAUAGAGAAAUCGUUUGAUGCCCAUCCGAGGAAAGAGAGCCAAGUGCGCCAAUUAGCGUGGGUUGGAGAUGGCGUGUGGGUUUCUAUCAGGUUAGAUUCAACUCUGCGGCUGUACCACGCGCACACGUACCAACAUCUGCAGGACGUCGACAUAGAACCCUAUGUUAGCAAGAUGCUCGGUACAGGAAAGCUGGGCUUCUCCUUUGUGCGGAUAACUGCACUCAUGGUGUCCUGCAAUCGCCUGUGGGUAGGCACUGGCAACGGUGUGAUCAUAUCAAUUCCCCUAACAGAAACCGUAAUACUGCACCAGGGACGGUUACUUGGGUUAAGGGCCAAUAAGGCAUUAACUGGCUCAGGAAACCGCCCAGGGAGUGUGAUACGCGUCUACGGAGAUGAAAACAGUGACAAAGUCACGCCGGGCACUUUCAUUCCGUACUGUUCAAUGGCGCAUGCCCAGCUGUGUUUCCAUGGGCAUCGCGAUGCGGUGAAAUUCUUUGUUUCUGUUCCAGGUCAGGUUCGUGGUUUCAAUGGCAGUGGAACAUCAGAAAUGGCAGCAGAAAAGGCGGGAUCUCAGCAAGACUUGUCCAGCCCAAAUCAGCCAAAAUCCAUGUUGGUGAUGAGCGGAGGGGAGGGGUAUAUCGACUUCAGGAUGGGGGAUGAUGGGGAAGACUCAGAACUCUUAGAUGAUUCACUACAAUUUGAACCUUCCGUGGCCAAAGUAGAAAGGAGUCACCUAAUAGUCUGGCAAGUCAUGUGCAGCAGUGAAUAACCAGCAGGAUGGACAAAAACGAUAUAUAUUAUUUUUUUUGCAUGUUUUUUUUCCUUUCCUCUUUUUAUCAGAUAUUUUAACAGUUGAUAUCUGUAUAAAAAACAAACAAACACAUAAUGGUAUUAACAUUGAGUCCCGCUGAAACAGGACAGUCUUGUUCCACGGAAUUUUUCUGGUAUCCCCUGUGGUUGCUGGAGGACAUAUCAGUAGUCUUUUUGUGCAAUGUGUUUCUUCAGUGAUCUGCCAGCUGCUGCAGAAAUAUCACUCCCAUUGGGGUUUAGGGUGUUUUUAGCAACAGCUGGUUGGGGGCUCAUUUGGAAGAUAACUCUGUUCACAGAACACCUUACAACAGACAUGGGCGUGUUUCUGCCGCCGAUUGACAACUCCCAGCAUCGUUAGCAAGGGCGGUGGGAGUUGUAGUAUUCUUAUUAGCGGGAACUUGCACAUGGGACAUCCCUUCCUGACUUUUUUUUUUUUUUUUUUUUUUAACGGUUUUCUGACAAAUUUCUGUCAUUAAUGUAACAGUGUAAAUACAGUAGUUGUGACUGAUAACGGCGCACAAGCGACACUUUCUGUUCUCAACAUAUCUGCACUUUGGGGUAAGUCACAAAUAAAGUCACAAAUGGUAUCACUUUUUGCUUAUAAAGCAUAAACCUGAUUCAGUAGGCCAGUUUUAGGGAAAGCCCCCUGGCAAGGAUUCUUUUUAGUCAUUGUACACAGGUUAAAGGGCUGC